AUGCUACGUAGUACUAUUAGGUGGAUGACAGGUAUGACAAGUGUUGAAAUGGAUCAGAAACCAGUUGUUGAUGAAGGCGGGCCCAGUUCUGAUGUCCCUAAGACACCAGAGGCGAUUGAGGUGGAUAAUUCACAGACGAUUCUGUUGAAAAUAGCGACUUUGUAUGCUGAGCGGUUGAUGAAUGAUAUUUGCUUGGUGGUUGAUGGUGUAGAGUAUCCAGCUCAUCGUUUAAUUUUAUGUGCUUCUAGUGAUGUAUUUCAGGUGAUGUUAAUGAGCCCGCAGUGGACAGAAUCCCAAGAAAGCCGCGUAACUCUCCAAGAAACUCCUCAGUGCGUUCCAAUAUUUAGUGAAUUUCUCCGCUACUUCUACACCGGACAAAUCCGUAUCAGCUACGAAGUAGUCCUGCCAAUCCUCUCACUAGCAGACAAGUACAACGUUCGAGACCUGAUAACCCUGUGCCUUGAGUACAUGCAGAACCACAUCGCAGUAGCAGCUAUCCACGGAACCCUAGUGUCCUGGCUGGACUACACCUCGAACUGCGGGCACUACGCGAUCACCCAGACCUGCCAGAACUUCAUCAAGUGGAACGUCGAGCUGGUAGCUAAAACCGCGGACUUUGGGAACUUUGAACUGGAUGUCUUAGUAACGCUCUUGCACCAGAGCUCGCUGGUCAUCCGGGACGAGAUGACGCUGUACAAAUGUCUAGAGUCGUGGCUGGACCACCAGGUACAGAGAUUGAAGCACCAGCUGACGCCUACUGAGUAUGAGAUGACAUUAAAGCAGCUGGUGAUUGCUGUGAUGACUCCUAUUAGAUUUCCAAUGAUGUCUCCAAGACAACUCGCGGAAUUGUUGCUAUCGCCUCUGACUAAUAAGUACAAAGAAUUUUUUGUUGAAAGAAUGGCUAUUGGAAUGUCCUUCCACUCGGGACAGCAUGACCGGGUCCAGGAUGUUAUUAAGAAUGAAGAAGAUGGCGCGCUGCUUUUUGAACCCAGGCUUUAUACUGUUGAUACCUGCAGCAGUCUGCUGACCAUUGAAAAUUUUCAUAGUCUGCCUUCAUACCAUACACGGACGCUGGUAUUCUCCAGUCAUUCAUUCCUAGCAGAGCACGCGGGUGACAGAGCUUGCGAGUGGGUUGUAGACAUUUACCCCAAGGGUGUCUGGUUCAAGAAAUUCUUCCUGAUCGUCUGGCAAGGAACCGUCGAAAUGCCCGAGCACGUCAUCCGGUCCGUCAGGCUAUCAUUGACCUGCAAAGAGCCACCCAUUGAAGCCGACAAUGACAUGCGUGUAAAAAUAGGAGUUCUUAUCUACGGACUCCAAGAUGGCGUUGAGCACAUCGCCAGGGUCACCGAAGUGAUUCACAGAUUCAAUAAAACAGACCGUGUCCUUAAUUUAGACGAUCUACUGCCGUUUGAAGAAUUGAACCCCCAGCAAAGCGCUAGAUCUCUUGUUAAUCCCGUUUCUCCGUACUUAGUCGGGCCCAACAAAGACAUGCUUAAACUUCACAUUGUUAUUUCACCGGCUAAUUAA